UGCCCAGUUUUCUAUAACGAACGCAAGCGUAAACACCGGAUAAAAUCUACUUUUCGAAUUCAUCUUUAAUUUAAUUUAAUUUAAUUUAAGUGAAGUGAAACGUAAUAAAGGUAAACGUGUCGGUGUUCAGAUUAUCAAUCUCUCAUUUACGUUUAAAAGCACUCGUACCUACCUAUAGCACACAUCGAAGAAUCAUAAAAAUGCAGCAAGUGCCAAGGUCAACUAACUUAAUGGGUCAUUGCAUUUUGGCAUUGUUUGUCAUCGUAUUGGGCGGCGAAAAUUAUUCAAAUGCUUUCGAUUACUUCAGAGAGAAACCGUCUUAUAUUAAAUCAUGUAAAAUUUACGAGCCAGAGUUUACAAAAUGUUCCACGGAAUCUAUUCAGAUGUUAAUUACUCAACUUUCUAAAGGCAUACCUGAGUUUGAGGGGAUUGUUCGCCGCUUAGAUCCCUUUAUACUCGAUGACAUUGAUUUUAAUCAAGCGAAUACGGAAGCAGCAAAUCUGUACGCACAUCUUACAAACCUAACAGCGACGGGUCUUUCAAAACUUCAAAUUAAAGAAAGCCGGGUUAGCAAAAGAGAUUUCAGUUGGCUGACCACAAUUCUUGUUCCCAAGCUGAGAUUGGAGGGGCAAUACAAAUUAAAUGGUCGUGUUUUAGUGCUAACAUUACAAGGCGAAGGUCACAUGUUUAUAGAAAUGGAUGAUUUAGCGGUAGUGAUGCGAACGAAAACGAAACUAAUUGAAAAGGACGGCUUCACCUUUUAUAAUAUCACCGAGCUACGCGCUGAGAUCGAAAUUGGCAAUUUGCGGACACAAUUUGAUGAUUUGUUCGGCGGCAAUAAUAAAGAAAUUGAAAAAAGUACAAAUGAAUCGUUUAAUAAAAAUUGGCGAGAAUUCUUUGAAGCCCUACGCCCUUUAAUCACCGAAACCGUAGAACGCAUAUUAUUCGAUCUUUUGUCCAACGUAUUCUUAGCUAUGCCCGCCACAUUUUUCGUAGAAGACAUUCCUACGCCAGCUCAACUGUAUAAUAACAAAGUUUGAGAAAUAAGUAUUUUUUCAAAUUAUGCAACAAACAAAUUCUAAAAAUAAAAAAUUUCAAGGGAUAGACA